AUGUCGGCGAGCGCAAGCCGCAAGAAUGGUAAACAGGCAUCUUGCGAGCCUUGCCGUCGAGGCAAAGUGCGGUGCGAUCACCGCAUGCCCGUCUGUGAUCGAUGCCGCCGUCGGAACAUGGGCAGCGAGUGUUAUUACCAUCCUGCCCCUCUGACACGGCCAUCGAAACGCACUCGGAUGUCAUCGUCGGACGAUACUGGAAUAGACUUGACGGAAGCGAGCGUACAGGCGCCUCCGGUAACCACAACACCGCUCCACGAUAACACUCGUCUGGAUGCCGGCAUACGGAAUGCCGAACACAGCAAUCAAGUAUUUUCCGUCCCUGCUUCCAGCACAACAUCUCCUGCGACGCUUCCAUUUCUCUCACUCCAGAGCCUCGACGACGCGAAUACACAACAUGUCAUAUCGACUGGAAUGUACGAUGAUCGUGGCAAUGAUACCCUCGACCAAGAUUUGGCCUCCAUAAUCUCUAUCCUGGAGCAGCUUCACCAUUGUGGAACCAUCAGGAGACUUCUUCCAGAGUACUAUGGUUUAGGUCAGAUCGCUGCUGUGCCGAGUCAUCUUGUGCUGCCUGUGAUAUCCGACCUUGAGCAGAUUCACGAAGACAUUCUGCAUCAGCGAGCAACGACUGAUGCUGCUGCUAGCAGAGUCGCUGUGUCGGCAAUGGCCCAUCGGAUCCUACGCGCUACAGUCUCCAAGACCACCAUAACUCCAUCUACCACCGUGCCUGAGUUUCUAAGUUUCUACAGCGGUCCGAAUUUACGUCUGGAAACUAUUGGUUUGAUCUUCUCCAUUGCUGCUCGAGCCUCUCGGCUAGCACUCGUUCCGGAAGGUGAGGACAGCCACGACUUUCUUCAAACCAUGUUCCAGUGCAACUUGCGGUGCCUGCAACUCGCGCGAGAACUAGCCAUGGAAAUGAAUGAUGUGAUACUCUGGUUGUCAUAUGAAAACUUGCGCGUAGCCACGAGCAUCCAAGGAUAUUCCAGUCCGGCUGUCUGGCGACGGCUUGGCGACUUGUCAGCCGAUAUCUUUGGUCUGGAAGUACAUCGAGAGGCGGCUAUCGCCAAAGUUCCUUUCUUCCUGGCUGAGUGUCGUAGGAGGAUUUUUGUGGCCGCAUUUACAUGGGACAAACUUCUUGCAACGCUUUUCGAUCGCCCGCCUAGAAUCCCUGGCUAUUACGCUGACUGUCGCUUACCACUGGAGCUGACUGAUGACCAAAUCUGUGUCACUGGUCUUAGCGAUCAAGAGCAGGCUUCACUGGAACUGAAUGGGGGCUGGUACGCUGGUAGCUCUAAUAUCAGUGCCUCAUGGAUCCGAGCGUUAUAUCUCCUCGCGCAAUUCAAGGAAGAGACGCUCAUGCAUCAAUUGAGACCCCUCGACCACGAGACGAGAUCCAAAUUAAAGUCAGUACACCCCUCCUGCUUGAAUCCAGAUAUAGCACGUCGGUGCAAAGAAACGUGGGAACAGCUGCCCAGCCGUCUCCAUUAUGAUCCUGGAUGUUGGAAGGCUGAUUUGUCGCCCAUGGUAAGCCUGCGAUUGGCGGAAGUCUAUCUCACAUACCUGCAGACCCUGUAUCACGUCUAUCGCCUGAUGGGUAAGAACGAUAGUCAUUGUUCACCGGAAAUGGUUCAGACAUGCUCAAGCAUAAUUGAGACGACUAUCCAAUCUGGUGGCUUGCGUAAUAGAACUUCUUACCAUCUACACCAUAACUUUAGAGCAAGUACUGUCUUAUGCUAUGGGUUACCAAGUGCGAUAACCCUCAUCAACGCGCUGAAGACUGCAAGCAGAGCCAUGGGCCGAGUUGAGUUUGUCGAUUUGGCUCGCCGCGUCUCAAUACGACGCCUUUCGGUGUUUGUGACUUUCCUUGAAGGUGUCUAUCGUCCGGAGAACGCCAACUACGCGCUUUGCAUAAAGGCUUCUGAGUUGAUCUCUGGCGCAUUGGAUGAAGUGCUAGAGUACUUGCUAUCACUUGCCGCAGAUGAUACACCGCAACCAGGGCCUGGUGUCACGAACGAUCUUACAACUGCACAUCAGAACUCAACAGCGGACGUUGGCUUUGCAGCAGUGGAAGCUGCAGACAAUACACUGCUGGAUAUGUUUGACUGGGAUGCAGCUAAUCUUAUGGACAUGAACAACUGGAUGGGAGGGAUCGAUUGGACGAACGUGAGCGGCGGAGUAUAG